AUUUUCAAUAUGACUGUCAGUCAUACACCACCAGCACUGGAAACUCCACACCGCAGACAGGAAACUCAGACUUAUCCCUUGAAGAAGCUCUUUUUUUCUUAUAUCCCACAACAUUUUGCACGUGAACCAGCAUGUAAUCAUUUGUCAUCUCGGCCUGUAAAGAAGUGGCAGCUUCGACAAAAGCUUACUGAAAGAGGACAAACAUUGACCGCAGCUUUGGCAGCAUUUUUGACUUUCAGCUUUUCAUGAGGUUAAAAAAUUUUUUUUAAAGACACUUCUGUUUUUCUGAGCUGUUUCCUGAGGCUGAGAUGGAUGAAGAAACCUCACUGCUGGACAGGACACCAUCUGAAUCCAGGGUUGGAAAAUUUCUGCUCAUUUUGUUUUUCUUUAGAUAAAAACUACAGAGAGAUGAUGGAAAUUAGAAGCUAAGUUGCAGUUAGUUUCAUUAUGAAAUUUCUCUUGUUUAUCUGGUUUAUAGAACUUCAAUGAAAGUUUAAAAAAAAAAAUGACUACAUGAAAUUUAAAUGAGUCUAUCAGGCAUGUGAUCUUAACAACUUUAUCUGGAAAUCAAGCACCAGAUGGCUUUAAAGAAAUAUCUGAGUCACAGAGGUUUUUCUUUGUAAAACUGUUGGUAGAAGAUCUAACUUGGUUUAAAAAAAGGCACACUAAAGGACUACAGAAGCAGGGGUGUGUCCACUAUUUGUUGCACUUGGGUUGCUAAAGUGGGGCGCAGGGGUGGCAUGAAGUAUGUAUAAAUAGUUAAAAAGCAGAGUAAGAAGUUUUCACUAAUUUUGAACUAGUCUUACUCAUACGUUGAUGCCCUUUUCACGACCUCCAUGGUAAAGUGAGAAUAGUUACUUCUUCGUACUGAAUUUUAGUGCCUGUGUAUGACAUGGUCUUCUGCUGGUGAAGUUUAGUACUCAGGUUUUUUUUUUCUUCUUCUUUUUACAUAAUGGUUUGUACUAAUGACUGGAGCAGGAUUAGCAAAGACUUCAGUUUUCUGUUCAAUUAUUGUUGGAGACAGAUAGAGUCUACAACCUGGGCUUCAACAUCAUGACACCAAGGGUUUGACAGGGAACAUUUACACUGUGUGUGAUGUGUCUGGUCAUUGUUUGUGAUCACUGGAGCCAGACUUUUUGACAAGGGAGGCCAAACUGUAUCACUCAGUACUUUUCCAUGCACAGUUAAGUCAAGCUACAGUUGCAGCACGACUCGGUAAUUUCACUAGACCGCUGUCCUUGUCCCAGUUGACAAGCACAGAACAAGAACUGAAUCACUGACCUCCUCUGCUAUGGUGGGUGGCAGCAUGCCCCCUUUCAGCUUGUUACUAUUGGGCAAUCUUCCAGUUGGCCUUUCAUAUAUCAAAACUAACCUGAACACCUCGUAACAUUUGUAUGUACAAUGUGGGGUCGGUUAGGGCAUAAACAUCAGGGGCUUACCUUCAACCUAAGAGGGUUACCUUCACUAAUCACCUCACCCCUGGCCUCCCCCUUGUUCCACCACUGUUUGUAAGAUAACCAACAGUGAACAAUCUGAGAUUAUAAAGCUUCUAUGUUCUAUGUUACAGUCAAUCAUUGUACAUCUCCACAAAUUAAUCACUUUACCAUUUCACAUCCGUCCACCACAGAUCAGUAACUCCAAACUGUUCUUGGCUGUCUUCGCGGCUGUCUUGGGAAACUUCAACUUUGGUUACUCUCUGGUCUUCUCGUCCCCUGUCCUACCGAAGCUAAGGAGCCCUGAUGCAGACCCCCAACUGAGGAUGGGCACAGAAGAGGCUGCUUGGUUUGGCUCCAUCUACUCACUGGGUGCAGCUGUUGGGGGGCUGGGGGCUAUGCUGCUCAAUGACUUGAUUGGACGGAAGCUUAGCAUCAUGAUGUCUGCGAUCCCUUCAACGAUUGGGUGGGUCAGCACACAGUCAUAGAAGAGUCAUGUACAAAACCCAAUUCCACUGAAGUUGGGAAAUUGUGAUAAUCGUAAAUAAAAACAGAAUACAAUGAUUUGCAAAUCCUUUUCAACCUAUAUUCAAUUGAAUACACUACAAAGACAAGAUAUUUAAUGUUCAAACUCAUAAACUUUAUUAUUAUUAUUAUUUUGUUUUUGCAAAUAAUAAUUGACAUCGUGACAUUGACAUUGACAUAAUUAACUCAGAAUUUCAUGGCUGCAACACAUGACAAAGAAGUUGGGAAAGGUGGCAAAAAAUACUCAGAAAUUUGAGGAAUACUCAUCAAACACCUAUUUGGGACAUCCCACAGGUGAGCAGGCUAAUUGGGAACAGGUGGAUGCCAAGAUUGGGUAUAAAAGCAGCUUCCCCAAAAAUUCUCAGUCAUUCACAAGCAAGGAUGGGGCAAAGUUUACCACUUUGUGAACAACUGCGUGAACAAAUAAUCGAACAGUUUAAGAACAAUGUUUCUCAAAGUACAAUUGCAAGGAAUUUAGGGAUUUCAACAUCUACGGUCCAUAAUGUUAUCAAAAGGUUCAGAGAAUCUGGAGAAAUCACUGCACGUAAGCAGCACAGCCGGAAACCAACAUUGAAUGCCUGUGACCUUCGAUCCAUUAGGCAGCACUGUAUCAAAAACCGACAUCAAUGUGUAAAGGGUAUCACCACAUGGGCUCAGGAACACUUCAGAAAACCAUUGUCAGUAAAUACAGUUUGUCGCUACAUCUGUAAGUGCAAGUUAAAACUCUACUAUGCAAAAAAAAAGCCAUUUAUCAACAACAUCCAGAAACGCCGCCGGCUUCUCUGGGCCCGAGCUCAUCUAAGAUGGACUGAUGCAAAGUGGAAAAGUGUUCUGUGGUCUGAUAAGUCCACAUUUCAAAUUGUUUUUGGAAAUAGUGGACGUUGUGUCCUCCGGGCCAAAGAGGGCAAGAACCAUCCAAAUUGUUAUCCACGCAAAGUUCAAAAGCCAGAAUCUGUGAUGGUAUGGGGGUGCAUUAGUGCCCAGCAAGACAAUGCCAAGCCACAUUCUGCACGUGUUACAACAGCGUGGCUUUGUAGUAAAAGAGUGCGGGUACUCGACUGGCCUGCCUGCAGUCCAGACCUGUCUCCCAUUGAAAAUGUGUGGCGCAUUAUGAAGCGUAAAAUACGACAACGGAAACCUUGGACUGUUGAACAACUGAAGCUGUACAUCAAGCAAAAAUGGGAAAGAAUUCCUCCUUCAAAGUGUCAACAAUUAGUCUCCUUAGUUCCCAAAUGUUUAAUGAGUGUUGUUAAAAGGAAAGGUGAUAUAACACAGUGGUAAACAUGCCCCUGUCCCAACUACUUUUGCAUGUGUUGCAGCCAUGAAAUUCUGAGUAAAUUAUUUCCAAAAAAAAAAAAAAGUUUAUGAGUUUGAACAUUAAAUAUCUUUUCUUUGUAGUGUAUUCAAUUAAAUAUAGGUUGAAAAGGAUUUGCAAAUCAUUGUAUUCUGUUUUUAUUUAUGUUUAUCACAAUUUUCCAACUUCAAUGGAAUUGGGUUUUGUACUAAAAACUAUCACUGUAGGUGUGAAGCUUUGUUCAAGCAGCAGCAACUUGGGGAGCAAUGAGUUUCUAUGUCAUGUUACUUGUGUUGAUUCCAUUUAUCUCACAGCUAUAUUAUAUCUCAACUCAGACAUUUAUGACAACUUCGAUUUCCAAUAACUUUGUCUGAUAGGAAGGUGCCAGUUUAGCUAAGUGCAUUGUGCAGGUGCCUCAUGUAUACAGGUGACAGUUCUUGUGGCAGUGAUCAUGGGAUCGAUUGCUGAUUCUCUGCAUGAUAUUGAUCACUCACCCUCUUUCUGCUCUUGCAUUUGUGUCUCUCUCAAGUUGUCCUUUUUCAUAAAGACAAAAGCUCUAAAGUAAUAAUCUUAAAAAAAAAAUACAUAUACAAAUGGACUAUCACAGCUGCAUGCAUGAACUGAAAUUAUGUGUGUGUGUGCGUGCGUGCGUAUGUGCGUGUGUGUGUGUGUGCGUGUGUUCAGAUACAUGCUGAUGGGAGGGGCUGUUGACUUGUGGAUGCUCCUGGUGGGUCGUUUCCUCACUGGCAUCGCUGGGGGGAUGACUGCAGCAUCCAUCCCUGUGAGCUACCAUGGUUACAGAUAGUUUUUAAAAUCCUAUUAAAAACUUUUCCCUUUGUAUUUUUACAUUUUAGGGCUAUGACAUAAAUAUUCACCAAGGUUUUGUGACAGGCAUUUAGUAUGCCUUCAUGUGUUUGUAGUUGUAUGUAUCUUUAUGUGUUUAUAUUGUAGGUUUAUAUCUCUGAGAUCUCCCACAAAGCAGUGAGAGGAGCUUUGGGCUCUUGUCCUCAGAUCACCGCUGUGUUUGGGGCCUUGGCACUCUAUGCUCUCAGUGAGUACAUACCAAUACUGCAUCAUAAGAUACUGCUCAAAGGCAUUUAUUAGUUAAAAUUUUUUUUGCAUACACUAACUCCCACCUUAAUGUUAGGGUGAGAGUUUCUUCAAACAGGGUAAAUAAUAAUGAAAUUGACCUGUCCAGAGCAGAUUGCCAAGCUUCCCCACCCAAACUUCAAUCCAGUGCAAAUAACAAUCGAUAAAUUUCUUAUUAAAAACAAGAGAGCACAGAGAGGGACAAAGUCCACAGUCUCCCCUUCUCCCUACCUUGUAUUAUCUUUAUCUUUAAUCAAAUAUGAUCUACAGGUCUUGUGGUGCCGUGGCGAUGGCUGGCUGUGGCGGGGGAGCUGCCUGCUUUGUUGAUGGUUGUGCUGAUGGUGUUCAUGCCCCGCUCCCCCAGGAGGCUCCUCACCCAGGGCUUGGAGCAGCAGGCUGAGAAAGCCCUCCACUGGCUAAGAGGGAAACACUACGACACACACAGUGAACUCAGAGACAUAAAGGUAACACAAAACACACCGAGCACUGUGUCAUGAAGUUCAAAGGAAAAAUGCUUGCUGUGGUCUAAUGUGUAUCCUGUAACUUAAGGGGACAAAUAAGAGCACCAGUGUCCAUACUAAAUGUAUGCAAAAGUUUCAACUCAUGGGGUAACGCAUGUUGUCAUGACAUUAGAAAAUAGAUGUAAACUGCUCAAAACAGGACCUUGAGAGAAAACAUGAGACUCACUAAAUUGCCUGUGUCAGCGGUAAAGUCUCUCCUUACCAAUUCAUCUGAGCUUCAGGCAAAGCAGAAGCUCGUGAGGGAACACCCACAACUGAACGGGGUAACACUGCCCAAACAAAGUGUUUCACAUGGAGGCUGAAAUAAUGAGAGAGAAACUUUUUUUUAAUACAGCUUCUACUCCCCACAUUUCAUGCCUCUCUCCAGCUGUUCUAUUAUUAAAGGCUAAAAACACCCCAAAACAUAACUUUAAAAAAAAAAAACUUAUGUAUACAAAAAAAAUGUACAGAUGUGCCUACACCUGUACAUAUUUAUCAGUGCCUAUGACUCUGUUCACAUGGGGCACCAAAAUAAGCACAUACUCUACACAAAAUUCCUCACAAGAGCUUUAAAGAGAUCAGACUAACUCUUUUUGGCCCAUGCAUGUUCUUUUAACAACUUUUUCUCAUUUUUCUGCAUUUAAAAAAAUUGAGACACUGAUGAAGCUAAAAAAAUAGGACAAAUAAGGUAUUAAUCAGACUAACACGCCUAUUUCAUGCAUUUUCUGAGAAAAUAAGAGCACACACUGGUUCAUGUGUUUUUGUGUUUCUCAACAUGCAGCACAGCAUUAACACUCAGGGGAAGGUCAAAUGGUCCAAUUUGGCAACACCUGUAAUCUACCGACCAGUCAUCAUUUCAGUGGUGAUGCGUUUCCUGCAGCAGAUGACGGGCAUCACACCAAUCUUGGUCUACCUGGAGUUCAUUUUUUCCAAAAGCAAAGUCUCUCUGGAGCCAAAGUCAGACACCUGUUCUACUUCUUUGUCUUAAUACAUAUAUAUGAUGAUUUUUCUAUAUAGAUGUAUUUCUCUUUUUGUGGUAUCAUUAUUUUGACUCUUAUUUUGACAUUAUUUAAAGUUUGGUUGAUUUGUUUUCUUUCAUGAUUUUUUUUUCAUUAAAUGCACUGUGCAUAUUUUGUCUGUUAGAUAUGAUGCUGCCAUCGUUGGAGCAGUCCGUCUCUUUUCUGUUGCCAUCGCAGCCAGUGUAAUGGACAAAGCUGGUCGUAAAGCCCUGCUGUAUACAUCAACUAUGCUGAUGUUUCUGUCCUCUCUGACUCUGACCAUGAUCGCCCACACGGCAGACUGCCCCAGCCCUAUCAAUGUCACUGUCAGCUUGGACUAUAGCUCCCAUACUGCUGUUGGACACACUCCUGCAGGUCUGCUGCCUCUCAUUAGCACCAUGGUGUUUAUAUUUGGUAAGUGUUGGAUCAAACCCAUUCUUUGUAAACCCCAUGCUUUGGCUGACUAUCUAUGCUUUUUUAGCCUUGUUUCCAGUGAGGCUUAUUUGGUAGUAAUUGGUCUCACUAAAAUAUUUCCUUAUAUUUGAAAUGUCAGGAUACUGACAACAAUUAGCUGCAAGCAGGAGUGUGGCCAGAGGGGCGGCUAUAUGGCCCUCCCUCAAAUUCCGAUUCAAGGUACCCUCAAAGUCUUGAGCAAGUGUCCUCUCUGAUUUGUCAGAGGUAGGACUUAUAUUUAAAUUAUAUAUGCAGGCUAUUUUGCAACAUACUGCUGUAUUAUUGUCUUAGCAUUUGAAUUGAACACUUUUUUAUUUAAGAUUUGCAAAUUUUUGGUACCAACAUUUUGCUGAUAAGUAGAUUUUUUUAACAACGUGCAAAUGUAUAGCAGUUAAGUUAAACACAAUUGGUGUAAAUAAAAAGGGCAAAUAAAUAUUAUUCAUGUCUGUGUGUACAUAAACACUUCAUGCUUCUCCUGCAUGAGUCACAGCCCCAGUGAGGCCACCCAAGUCAAAAAAAUCUUAACACACCCCUGGCUGCAACGUCAUAUUGGACUGUAGUAAACUCAUAAUCCCCCCCUACCUGAGUGAUGUGGAUGUCUUCUGGUGAGUGUGUUUAUGAGAUGUGCUGUGUACUCAUAAUUCCUCACAGUGAAGAAAAUAUGUCAGUUUUGGGGCGAUUCCAAGAAUUAGCAUAAAAGGGCCACACUUCUUUGAAAUCACAAAAUAGUUUGAUAAAAGGUCAAAUUUUAUUUUGAGUUAGAAUAACUGAAAUGGCUUAAAACUUACUUGACCUUUGAUUUUUGAUUCCACUUCUUCAUUUCUCACCUUCCCUUCCUCCUCCUUCUUCUGUCCUAGAACCCUCCCUUUUCUUUCCCUGUCUUACUUGAACUUUCCCCUCCUGACUAUUCCUGCCCUAACUUUGCACAAGACCCUUCAGAGUGACACAAGAUCUCUUCACUUUUUAUUAGGUCUUGCUGCCUCUAAUAGGCUUCUAAUUCCCACAACCACAACCAUACUUUAUCAUAUACUUGAUGAAAGCAAGGUUAGUGACAAACGUGAACAUUCUACUUGCCAAUAGAUUCCUUACCAAAAAGAAGUAUACAUCAAGUACAUUUUAAGAAGUAUACUGUUGUUCAUUUUAGUAUACUUCCCAAAUACAAAUGUACUACCGGUGUACUUAGAGGUAAACUUCAUGGGACUAAAUUGGCCCAAUCUUCAAUCUACACUUGAAACAUACUUGAAAGUAAACUUCUUCUUCUUCUAUACUAUUAGUUUAGUUGUGGAAAAACUCCAAGUUCCCUUUUUAGUUGAUAAAAGUACACUAUGAUGCAUUAUUUAUUUAUUUUAUUUAAUUUAAUUUAAAUUUUUUUUUUUUUUUUUUUUUUUUUUUUUGGGGGGGGGCAUUUUUUAGGACCACAGUCCCCAAAACGGGGCGUGGCUUAACCCACUUGACCACCUGCAUGCCCACUCUGAAGUACACUUUUUCUAAAGUUACCUUUUUGCUAUGCUAAUACUUCUAUAGUUGUACACAUUUGUAAACCUGGUUUGUACUGCUUAUCUUUAUAAGAGUUUACUCUAAUAGAGUUUGCUCUUAAAAGAUAAGCAGCACAAGCCAAGUAUACUUUAGCCUAAGGCACAAACACAUCGUUAAGUAUGUCUUGAUCAAAAGUCUAAGUUAAAUAUAUUCCGACUUUAAGUAUAAUUCUUAGUACAAGCCAAACACACCUAACAUUAACUUAACAACACAAUACACACAAUAUACUAUAUUGUGUUUGAAAUAUUUCUAUCUAUCUAUCUAUAUAUAUAUAUAUAUAUAUAUAUAUAUAUAUAUAUAUAUACACACACACUUCACACAAAUCACACUGUCUACAUGAAAGCAAACUACUAUUUGUCAACACAAGUUUCCCACUAAUUUGUGCAAAGAUUCCCUGACCUGAUAGAGUUUGUUUGUGUUGCUUGCCUCUGUUUCUUUUAUUGUGUCCCUGCAGGUUCAGGCCUGUUUUGCCCUCAGGUUCUUUUGUUAAACUCAGCUCUAAAUGCACCAUUACCUGUUUUCAGUUACAUGUCAGUCUCUCUAUAAUUAUACUUAUGAAACACCAUGUUUGGGUUGUUCAUUUAAAUUAGCAUCAUUGAUAAGUCACGCCUUACUUAAUUGGGAAAACUCCCAUGUCAGAGGAUGGUAUGACUAUGCCCCUAUAAAGCAUUAUCCGUGAGUUUUUAGGCCUUUAUUGUUCUGUAAUAUUACCUGCUUUGUCAUCAUAUUGUCUCCUAGGAUAUGCCAUGGGAUGGGGCCCAAUCACAUGGCUGCUGAUGUCAGAGGUGUUGCCACUGGCCGCCAGAGGCGUGGCCUCAGGACUGUGUGUCACUGUCAGCUGGUUGACUGCCUUCGUACUCACCCACGCAUUCACACACCUGGUGGACAGGUACGGCCUGUAUGUGCCCUACCUGUGUUUUACGGUGGUGUGUGUGCUCUGUCUGCUGUUCAACGCAGUGUGCAUACCAGAGACUCGAGGCUGCUCGCUGGAGGAAAUCGAGAACUAUUUCAGGACAGGGCGAACGUUCACUAUCACCAGAAGUCACUCCAACACACAGUCGAGCUAAAGUCAAGCUGUCUCUCUAAAACAAGGUGUUUCAUGUUUAUGUACCAAUAUAUUAUGGUCAAAGUGAAAAGCAUUUGUGCUAUAUAGAGGUUCAGAGAACACAACUACUAGGGAGGCUGCAGUUUAUAAAUCACUGUAAAAAAAAUUAUAGGCCUACCAAUCUUAUAUAAUCUGAAAUGUCUCUUCUUUGUCUCAGUGGUUUCAAACUGAAUGUGCAUGUAAUUGGCUCUGCAAUCAGAGCAGUUACAUUCAGUACUUCAACAUACUCGCUUUUGUAAUAAAAAUAAUUGACUGUACUUCUACUACAGUUAUAUAACACAUUCCCACCUAAAAAUAAGUGAGGUUACAUACAGUAUUACAAACCUCAAACACAGUUUUGGCCUAUUUAUGUGCCUGGUAUUAAUAUCCAAGAAAUCCAAGAGUUUGGCUCAAUACUAUAUCCAACCAAUGUAUUUAAGCUGCUUCGAUUGGUGGGUAACAUAAAAUCGAUAAAUACCUCAGACUUUACUGCCUAACUAUCUGUCUGUUCGCUGAGAUCAUAUAGGUUUAAAGAGAUUAAAAAGGACCAAGAUCAAGUGAUAAGAUUUGAUUGUGUUACAUCCACACUCAAAACUUACAUCAUGGUAGUGUAAUUUAUAUAAUUCCUUUAUCAGAUGUUUAACAGGUUACAUUUGUUGGACCUUUGAACGCUUAAAACCUUUAUUUAUUCAUUUAUUCUAGCAACAUACUUAAUCAAAUUUUUUAAGUCUUACUUUUCUGUUCUGUACAUGCUAAUAUGAUCAGCCCCUGUCUCAAUAAACAAGCGCUCAUGAAGCUCAUAUUACA